GUAUGUUCAGUCUAGGCAAUAGUCAUGCUGAACUAGUGCCAGGCGGCGAGCGAGCUAACGGAUGAAAAUGAAAGGUGCUAAAGAAAUAAAAACGCCGACGACCACAUGGCGCCAGCCAAUUCAGGAUAGUAGGAGAGGAGAACUCGGGCACGAAUGCCGCAGAAACCAAUUGAUUAGAGGGGAACAUGAGUCACAGCACCGAAAAGAAGCACAAGAGGACAUGAUCACUGUGCAUACUUUAAGGCGAAAAUUCCAAGCCGGGCGAUCCACGCAUGCUCGCCGCAUCACCGUGGGCAGCCGGCGCUCAACUCUUUAUCUCAUCGUCUGGUAGCAGCUGGUUUGACUGCAAAACCCGAACCGUAAACAAAAUUAGCACGCAAAACCUGGCUUGUCCGCCGCACAUGGAUGCUCCUACUUAGCUGGUGGCUGCCGAGCGGGCGCGAUGGCGAUGGCGAUGGCGAUGGCGGGCGGCGGAUGGCGGGCGUGGGCGGAGCGGCACAAGCCGUGCGUGGCGAUGGUGCUGGUGCAGCUCUUCUACUCGCUGGUGGACAUGGCGCUCAAGACGGCCUACGGGCUGGGCAUGCGCCCCAUCGUCUUCGUCGCCUACCGCCAGGGCAUCGCCGCCGCCGCGCUCCUCCUCGCCUCGCUCGCCGCCAGGGGGCUCACGCUGCGCCCCAUGGCCGUCGGCUCCCGGACCUUCGCCCUCCUCUUCCUCGCCUCCCUCGCCAGGUACGGCUCGAUUCCGGCACCUUGCGCUGAUACGAUACAUGUCGAUCGAUGUUGCAGCGCGACCGGGCAGUACUUCUACUUCAUGGGGCUGCAGCUGGCGUCGCCGUCCAUGGCCCGGGCCACCACCAACCUCGCCCCCGGCAUCACCUUCGCCAUCGCCGCCGUCAUCGGGCUGGAGAAGGUGGACUUGAGGAGCUCAAGAAGCAUCGCCAAGAUCGUCGGCACCGUCGUCUGCCUCGCCGGAGCGAUGCUCAUGGCGUUCUUCAAGGGCCCAAAGCUUCUCGGCGCCCUGCUCCUGCCGGCGACCGAUGACUGGGUGCGAGGCGGCAUCUACCUCAUGGGGAACGCCUUCUGUUUCUCCAUCUGGUACAUCUUGCAGGUACCGGUCUGUAAAUCCUACCUUGAUCCGCUGUCCUUGGCAACCUGGAUGUGCUUCCUAGCGACCUUGCAAUGCGCGGUGAUGGCCUUCUUCCUAGAAGCGAACUACAUGGAGAUCUGGAAGCUUGCUUCUAUCUGGGAGCUCCCCUGCAUCUUAUACGGAGGCGUUUUCGCAUCGGGCGCAAACUUUUUUAUGCAAUCUUGGUGCAUAUCAGUGAAAGGCCCCCUUUACAGCGCAAUUUUUACACCGCUGAGCGCGGUCAUCACAACAAUAUUGGCCACGCUCGUCCUUCACGAGGAACUGCAUAUUGGGAGCGUGUUAGGUGCUAUUGUAAUCAUCCUAGGCCUGUAUGUUGUGCUGUGGGGUAAAGCUGAUGAUGCAAGCGGUGAGGGGCUGGCCAUCCGCUCUGGUGAUUCUGAAAGCAUUUUAGAGCAAGAUUGUAUGGGUGUAAAAGUAGAAAGUGGGACCAAUCUUUCAGAACCAUUGUUGUUAUCUGAAAACGCGGAUGCUGAUGCUUCGAGAUGCCAAUGACAUUGCUGUUUUUUAGAAUCAGCUUCUAGCCUUCGAAUUAUAAUGAUCCCUUUUUCUGAUACUUCUUUCACUGCUUGCUUGUUGCCAAAAUAUGUGUACAUAUUUUUUCCAUGAGCAGUUUUAACAUGGUC